AUGGACCAGACUCCAACGAGAGCUUCCAGAUUUCGACAUGCUGAUUUCCAGAUGCUCGAUGAAGGUCAACUACACGAUGAGGACUCUCUCAAGAGCGGGAAAAUACGCAAACCUCCACCGAUCACUCCCCGAAGAUUCAAUAAAUUCUUUGCUCCUCGUGCCCAACCUACAGCCACGGCAGUAAGAACAUCACGCAAAGCUCUUCGAACCAUUUCGAGCUCGGCUCUGAACUCAAGGCAAAGAUCUAUCCAAGAGGAGAACGAGACUGACGACUACGGCUUUGCCAACGAGAACCAAGUUUCAAGGAAGAAGAGAAAGUACUCGUCUAUCACGUCCUCCUUACACUCUACCCCACAAUCCAGAGCUGUCAGCUUCUUGCCUAGCAGUCAAGAUAUUCUGCCGUCCUCACCAAUCAAGUACGAUCAAGAUGACCAUGAAGAUGUCGUGGAUGACGAUUCGGAUGCCUCCACAGAAAUAGCUGAUGAGGAAGCUUGGUCACACGAUGAGGAUGACUUACCUGCGGGUCCACGUAUAGUUCCAUAUGCUGGCACAAGUACAUCACGUUCUCUCCUGGCCACCAACAUCACUGGUAAAAGAAGCAUACGCGUGGCCGGCCCAAGUAACCUUUGGCAAGCUGAAACUGCAAAUUUUUACAGCAAUCCCGAGCAUGUAGAUAGCUACUUGCGUGCAGCACAACCCCCGAUUAUACCUUUUAGUAUGGCCUCCUGCAACACGAACCCAGUCGUGGCCGUUGGUGACGAGGAAGGCGUGGUUCGUCUUCUCGACCCUCACGUUCACGAAGACGCACAAGAUGGUCCGGUCAAUGGUUUUGGUAAAACCGUGCUUCGCAUGCAGCCACACGAGAACGCUAUUAUGGACAUGGUUUUCUCCCAUGAUGACAAUCUUAUGGCCACAGCGAGUGGAGAUCAGACUUGUCAGCUUGUCGAUGUUCAGACUCAGAGCUCUCUAUACUCACUAAGAGCCCAUACUGCUUCGGUCAAAAAGAUUCUUUUUCAACCUGGUACUGGUAACAAGCUUCUAGCUAGUGCUGGCCGUGAUGGAAGUAUCUAUCUUUGGGACCUUCGUGUCAAAGGUCAACCCGCCCCCACUCACCUCAGAUCCCGUCCUGUGAGUGCGAUGGCCAAGGAUGUGCCGGUAUUGGCUCCUGUACUUGAGAUUCACGAUGCUCACAACCCAAAUGCUAAAACGCAAUCUGCGCUGCGAAAGACGAAAUACACGAGCAUCGCUGGUCGGAAUGACUUCUCAAUUACCUCCAUGACUUUUUUGGACGAAUCACGUAGCAACCUACUAGCAACUGCCUCCGAAGUUGAUACUACCAUCAAAUUGUGGGAUCUGCGCCAGAGUCAACUUUCUCCCCGCAAGCGAGGUCAUACUCAGCUACCCAUCUCAAUCACCGAAGAGCCACGCAGCCAGGCAAACCAUCGAAAGUUUGGCAUCAACUCGAUCGCCAUCAGCACUGAUUCAUCUCGCAUAUUUGCCCUAUCUCGAGAUCAUACUGUUUAUGCAUACUCGACCUCACACCUCAUCCUCGGCUGUACCCCAGAAUCUGUCCCUACAUCGUCUGGUCGACGCUCGUUACUUGCACCAAUGAGGACUUCCAGUAGUACUGGUCUUGGUCCACUCUAUGGCCUGCGUCACCCGAAUCUCCGCGUCGCAACCUUCUGGCCACGACUUGCCAUUCGUAAGUGCAACGAAACCCACAGUGAGAUUCUGGCUGUAGGAAGCACAGAAGAUUGCGCCAUCCUCUUUCCAACAAGUGAAAAAUACCACACUGCUUCAGCACGCCAUAUUCCAGCUCUCCACGACCCGACUUCGUCCUCCACUCCUGAUAUCCCGGCUACACCCCGUCGCUCUUCUCGUAUCGCCCGUCCAGGCAUGAACCGAAACCCAACCUCGAGUUUCACAACCUUGUUCACCAAAGAUAGGCAGCAGGAGGACGCUCUUACCCUGCCGAUCUACUAUCACGGGACCCCAUUGAUUCACGGUCACAACAAGGAGGUCACAAGUGUGGCAUGGAAUUCUGAGGGUAACCUCGUUACAGCUUCAGAUGACUUCACAAUACGGUGCUGGCGUGAAGAUGCAAAUAUAGCAAGAAAAUUGAGAAGUUUGAAUUCCAAGGGCAACAGAGAUGAGGCAGCGCUUCUGAGACGAGGAUGGGCUGAUGUUGGGGUUGAGGGCUGGGAUGAUGAUGAGUAA